GCUAUGACUCUGAGAACGACGGCUUCAUGUUCUGAAAGCGCUACAUAUGCUCGCUGCAUUUGACGUGCUAGGUAGCUCCUUCUCCAAGGUGAUCUCCUUCCUCCAAUGCAGCUUAGCCCUGGCUGGCAGCUGCUUUUGGUGAUCCGAGCUUCAACGAAGGGGAAUGCUGGCCAGCCCAGCUCCUCCGGCGGCGCAAAGAAUCUGACUAAUCAGGCCUCUCUUGAGUUCGAAGCGAUCUUGCAACUUCGCGAGCGUUGAUCUCUGAAAAGAUGGGAUCGCAACUCUUGAAGAUCAAACAUGGGACUUGUACGCCAAGGAUCGGUCACCUGUCAGGCGGACGCGAGUCGCUGGCACAGCAUUCUGCGUUUAUUAGUCGCAUCACCAGAUCCAAUCUGCAGCCCGGCACAAUGCUACAUCAGCGCCACUGCUGCUUUUCAAAGAGCUCUCACUCAGCUACAUCUGCUUUCUCUCUGAAGCGGUCUCCACUACCCCCACAGUCUCCAUCCUUGCCCUACAAGCAACGGCCAAGAAAACUUCGUAAAACAACGCACGCCGUCAGAGCAGUCGCAAAAGACGAGAGCCCCCUUCCACCUGACUCUUCUGCCCCAACUUUCACAGCCGCCCUCCUUGAGCCCAUAGAGCCCUCACUCCCCAAGAACCCGCACCCCUCUCUGAUCAAUGAGGACUUCCAACCGACGAUGCCUGAGGGGCGAAUCUUCUCAAUUUGGGACCUGACCUCACUUUGGAUCGGCCUGGUGGUUGCGGUGCCGACCUAUUAUCUGGCGGGGUCGCUAGUUGAAAUGGGGAUGUCCUGGUGGCAGGGGGUAGUGACGGUCUUUUGUGGCAACUUAUUGGUCCUGCUGCCAAUGAUACUCAAUGGCCACCCUGGAACCAAGUAUGGGAUCCCCUUCCCCGUUCUAAGCCGCGCCAGCUUCGGAAUUCUCGGCACCAACAUCCCCUCCCUUCUCCGCGCCCUUGUUGCCUGCGGUUGGUUCGGAAUUCAGUCCUGGGUGGGGGGACAGGCUAUCUAUACCCUGGCCAACGCCUGCCUGGGGGGUAAAUUGGCCCAGCCUCCUACCCCCUGGCUAGGAACGUCGGUGCCUGAACUCGCGUCCUUCUUCGUCUUCUGGAGCCUCCAGGUGGCGAUCAUCUGGAAUGGAAUUGAGUCCAUCCGCGACCUCGAGAAGUACUCGGCCCCGGUACUUAUUCUCAUGUGCGCCGCGCUUCUCGCAUGGGCCUACACUCAGGCAGGGGGUUUCGGUUCCAUGCUUUCGACGCCGUCUCAGUUCGUUCCGGGGGGGCCGAAAGAGGGCCAGUUCUGGUCUGCCUUCUUCCCGUCCCUGACGGCCAAUGUGGGCUUCUGGGCGACGCUGAGUCUGAACAUCCCCGACUUCACCAGGUACGCCCACAGUCAGCGGGACCAGCUGACGGGGCAAGCCAUCGGCCUGCCGCUCUUCAUGGCGGCGUUCACGUUCGUCGGCCUGGCCGUGACGUCAGCGACUGUCGUCAUCUUUGGGGAGGCGAUCUCGGACCCAAUCGCGCUCCUCGGACGGAUUGAGGGCGUUCUUCCGAUCGCGCUGUCGCUGCUGGGGCUCACGCUCGCGACGCUGACCACGAACAUUGCGGCUAAUGUCGUGGCGCCAGCGAACGCCCUCGUCAACUUGGACCCCACGCGCUUCAGCUUCCGCGCGGGGGGGCUCCUCACUGCCGUCUUAGGCUUCGUUUUAGCCCCCUGGCGCCUCAUUUCGAGCACGCAGGGCUUCAUUUUCACGUGGCUCAUCGGCUACUCCGCCCUUUUGGGGCCUGUCGGGGGGAUAGUAAUCACAGACUACUUUAUUUUGCGGAGACGAAAACUGAACGUUGAUGCCUUGUAUACGUAUGGACCAGACAGCGAGUAUUGGUAUCGGGGGGGGUAUAAUACGGCCGCAUUGACUGCGCUUGCCGUGGGGGUGUUGCCCAAUGUGCCAGGGUUCCUGCAAGCGGCGGGGUUCGUGGCAAGCAUACCGCCUAUUUGGAGGACGGUUUAUAAUAAUGCUUGGGUUGUUGGCUUUACGACUGCAGCGGUUCUUUAUUACUUUCUCAUGCAGUCUCGUGGGAGAGAACCUGUAGUCAGACUAGCGUCUGGAUAGCUAGUCAAUCUCAAAACAAUUGGUAUUCUGCUUGUAUAAACGGCUGGCGCGACGAUUAUGUUUAUGUAACUUGACACAGCAGCUGAAUAUAAUCGACAGCUCAAUAAUAGUACAUGUGCAGUACCAAUAGAGGUACGGUACCCCGGGCCCAGGUCAGAACAUGUAUAUUCGUCCGUCCAGUUCGCA